AUGGGGAACAUCUCCAGGAAGCACGAGAUGCCAUUACAUGGCAUUCUUGAGGUUGAAUUAUUUGAUGUUUGGGGCAUUGACUUCAUGGGGCCGUUUCCAUCGUCAUUCUCCAAUUUAUACAUCCUAGUGGCAGUGGAUUAUGUCUCCAAGUGGGUCGAAGCAGUAGCACUACCAACUAACGAUGGCCGAGCGGUGGUAAGUUUUCUGAAAACGAACAUCUUCACUCGUUUUGGAACUCCUAGGGCCAUUAUCAGUGAUGGGGGGAAGCAUUUUUGUAAUCGGCAUUUUGAAUCUCUUUUGGCGAAAACGGCUUUCAAAACUCCGAUUGGUAUGUCCCCAUAUCGCCUUGUUUUUGGCAAAGCAUGUCACUUACCUGUUGAGCUAGAGCACCGGGCGUAUUGGGAAAUGAAGAAGCUGAACUUUGAUCUCAAGCAAGCUGGUGAGAAACGGUUGCUACAACUAAAUGAAAUGGAUGAGUUCCGAUUGGAAGCCUAUGAGAAUGCCAAGUUAUAUAAGGAGAAAACCAAGAAAUGGCAUGAUCAGCAUGUACACCGAAAACAGUUCCAAGUGGGGCAAAAAGUGUUGUUGUUCAACUUGCGUCUCAAGUUGUUUCCAGGCAAAUUACGUUCGAGAUGGUCAGGACCGUUUACCGUGGUCCAAGUAUACCCCUACGGGGCAAUUGAAGUGACUCAUGACACAAAAGGCACGUUCAAAGUGAAUGGGCAAAGGCUCAAAUCCUAUCUUGGUGGUGACUUCCCAAAAGACAAGGUUUCCACCGUGUUGAGCAAUCCGGAAUGA